CAGGCUACAGAGCGGCAACAGGAUCCGCUUCACCACCGCCUCUCUCCCGCGCUCGCUCUCAUCUGUGCACGCGUCUCCGCCGUGCGGAAAGUUGCAGGACUAUUUGUGAGAUAAUACAAGUCCUGUACGACACUUAGCCCUCCGCGUGAACUACAAAGGCGAUCUGGACCGUUGUAAAUCCACCACUAUGUGAAAUACAACAAGAAGAAAACAGAAUGUCUUACAAAGUGUUUGGAAUUUUUUUUCGAGGAUUGUUUUUUUUGCUGACCUCGUUGAUUUAGGGGAAAAAAAAUUAUAUAUAUACAAAUUGCAGCCUGAUAAGGAAAAGCCGCUCUAAUUUCAAACCACAUGCCAACAUUGGAUGAGACCGCGGCGCCCGGAUCUUGUGCAAUAAGAGAAAUGGUGGUUUCGGACGGAAUACAACAGUUUUGCUUUAAAUGGAGAACUGCUCAGAGGGGAUAAAUUGUGUGCAAAGUUGUGCUGCUUUCUGCUGAGGGAGCUAUCCAUCCGGCUUCCACCGAAUUACCACGAGUCCGAGGAGAGACAUGGGGCCGCUCCGGUGGAUGGGACUCACCGCUCUUCUCCUGUGCACAGUCGUGGACACCAAGGUGAUCCUGGAGGGUUUGCAGAGGUUUGGCCCCACACCAAUAUAUCUACCUGUCAGCUACCGGAUCCUCAAUGCGGAGUCAGCGUUCUUUUUACAGGAGGCAAACCAGGACUUAAUGAGGAACUCCAGCCUCCAGGCUCGCACAGAGUCCUUUUUCAUCCACCAGGCCCGGCAGAUGCCCUAUGUCAAUGCUAGCUAUGGACCACUGUCUGUCCAGCAGCCUGUCCCCUUGGAGCUGCUACAGACUUCGCCCGGGCCCUUUAGCACACCCUCUUUCACUUCAUCCUCAACAACAUCAGCGUUGGCAUCGCCUCUCUUUACAUUCAACUGGAAGGUGCACACUUACAUUAUCAGCGAGAGGAUUCACCCCAGCUGGCCGAAAGUUCAAGUGCUGUUCUAUAUUGCAGGCAGGGACUGGGAUGAUUACAGCACCAUCCACAAGCUACCCUGUAUCAGGAUGUUUGCCUUUCAUGAGACUCAAGAGGUGCGUGGAACAUGCAAGCUAAAAGGCGAGCUGGGGAUAUGUGUUGCCGAGCUGGAGCCCCUGGCCAGCUGGUUCAGCCCACCUACUGUCAGGCCUGGUAGGCAGAAGGUCUCCGAGGAAGCCCAAGGCACUCCUGUGGAGCUCUACUAUAUGGUUCAAACCACAGAUAACGGAGACUGCACUUCAGAGGAUUCAAGAAAGGGCAGCUCUGUCCUCACAGACCAGCCGAGGCCGUUAGGGUACUUUGCAGGGCAUACCCCUAUGCAGCGCAUUGGAAGUGUCAGACUGUUUCAGCCACUGUCGGAGCUGAAGCUAGACAAUAACUUUGUGGUGAUGGCACCCUCCAAACCCAUUCGGCAGCGAGAAACAGUCUCGACUUUUCUGGCUCUAUCUGCUCUUUCUUCAGUACAAAUUUUCACCCUCAGGGUCAAGCUGAAAGAUGGAGUGGCGUUCUUGGGAGCUAGAGCCAGUAACCCAGUUAUGUGGACGGUGAGUCAGGAUGUCAGAAGUGAAGGUCACAGAGUUGUCACCCUGCACUGCCACAGGAAGGAGAACAGCUUCAGUCAAAGAAUGGAGGCAGUGGGCUACCAGCGAGUGCUGCAAGUAGACUUGGAGGUAAAUGGGCUGAUGGUAACUCAGGGGAGCAGGGAGGUGGCAUGGCAGGUCGAGUAUCCGCUCACGCGCACUCUGACCAGUGAAGUGCAGACCCUCAUCCGUCUGGCACCACAGGACCUGGGUGGCAUCGUGCCACUGGCCAUGGACACUGAAAUUCUCAACACGGCUGUGCUCACUGGGCGUACUGUCGCUGUUCCGGUAAAGGUCGUCACUGUAGGGACGGAUGGUGCGGUCUCUGAUGUUACAGAGUCAGUGGAGUGCAAGUCAACGGAUGAACAGGUUAUCAAGGUUUCAGAGCGCUGUGACUAUGUGUAUGUCAAUGGAAAGGAGACAAGGGGAAAGAACAGGGUGAUGCUUAACUUCACCUAUAGUUUUCUGAAUGCACAACUCGAGAUGAGCGUAUGGAUGCCCCGCCUACCCUUGCUAAUUGAUGUGGCUGACCCUGAGCUCAGCCAGAUUAAGGGUUGGAGGGUCCCUGUUAGUAUGAACAAUAGGAGGUACGAGAGGGUCACAGAUGAUAAGGAUGGUGUCGAUCCAGCAGAGGGGAGGACAGAGACUGCUUGUGUUGCCCAGUACCAAAGCACCACUCUGCGCAUCCUCACCCACUUUGUGGCUGACAUCAGUGAAAGGAGAGGAGCCAUGGAGGAAGAUGUACUGGGCCAGCAGACCUUCCUGCUGGGCACUGACUGGCAGGUGGAUGUGACACAGUUGGUGAAGGAGUCUCUGAGGGUGGAGGACCCAAAGGUUGCCCAGCUUCUGUACGACCAAGUCGUAAUCGGGCUGAGCACUGGAAACACCAAACUACAGGUGCUGUCCCCUCUGACAUCAUCAGUCCUGGCUGAGAGGAGCAUCAGAGUGGUGGAUGAUAAAGUGAGCGUGACAGAGCUAGGGGUGCAGUUGGUGUCUGGAUUAACUCUGUCCCUGCAGCUCAGCCCAGGCAGCAACAGGGCUAUUGUUGCCACUGCAACAACACAGGAAGUUAUUGAAUCUCUCAAGCAGGAGUCCCUCAUCAGUGCUUGGCUUCAUUUCAGCGACGGAUCCAUGACUCCUCUAGAUAACUACAACCCUGCCCAUUUUACCCUGACAGCCACCUCAUUGGAUGAACAAGCUGUGGUGGUGCAGCAAAGUCCAGCAUGGAAGUGGCCUGUCAUUGUUGCCAAAGGAGAAGGUCAAGGUUUGCUUGUACGUGUUGAAAUGAGCCCAUCAGAAAUGUGCCAGAAGGGAAAACGGCAUACUGUUUUAGCCACAGGAAUGGCGAGCACACAUGUAAGACUUGGUCAAACAGAGGAACAAUUCAGACAACCAGGUGGCCGACGUACACGUCCCGACCCGCCAUAUUAUGGCGGAUCUAUCUCUGACAUGGAAACUGGGUUAAAUAACCGUGGAGCCACUACCAUCAGGGGCCAUGUUCCAGUAAGGCCAAGUGGGGGCCGUCUUUCAGCAGAAGUUGGAGCAAGGGCUCCAAAUGAAUUCUCUGAAUAUCCCGAUCAGGCCGAGCUGCCUCGGAGCCGCAGCACCGAUGAGGACUUGUUGACCUCCCGACGAGGCCUGACGGACUUGGAGAUCGGUAUGUAUGCCCUGCUGGGAGUUUUCUGUCUGGCCAUCUUGGUUUUUCUCAUUAACUGCAUCUCUUAUGCAUACAAGUACCGUAGCAAGCACCUCUCCUUGGAGGCUCCAGAGGCAAUGCCUCAUGCACAUGACUGGGUUUGGCUUGGCCAAGAGGAGGGGUUAUGUCUCCAACAACAGCAGCAGGACGAACUGGGCGGUACCCUAGAAGAAGGUAGUCAGCUAUUAAAUGGAGGCCUCCAGCGAGGUAAUACUGGUGGAGCAGGAUGUAGCUCAAGUGGGAGGGAUCACAGGAAUGAGUCACUUAACUCACCCACCACCAAGAGAAAGAGGGUGAAGUUCACCACUUUUUCAAGUGUCAAGUCCAGUAAUGGGUGUCCUGCCCUCAGCCCCUUAGCACUAGUGCAGACCAGUGAGAUAAAAUGGGUAUGUCCAGACAUCGAGCUCGGAGACUCAAAGGAUCUUAGGAACUACAUGGAAAAGCUUAAUGAGAACGCAAUUAAGAACAUUGCAUAGGGGGUACUGGGUGUUUUCAUUGAACUAAAGAGAAACUCACCUGAAUGCCUUCAGACUAACAAGGGAAGGAGGAUUACAAAGGAAAAGAAGGAGAGGUGAAGAAGAGACUGAAGCCGCUGAAAAACUGUACACCUUACCAUAGCAAGAGGAUAGUGCAUUCAGCCUCUAUUUUUUUCAUGACAGUACUCAGAAAAGGUCAAGCUAUGGACUACAAAAAGAUACCACAACACCACAGCAUCAAGAGGAAAAUGUGAAAUUAGUAUUGUUGCUUAAAUUAAAUGUAUGUUCUUUGUUUCUAGUUUUCUUUCCUACGCACCAUCGACACCGCUUUGUUUUGUGUUUUGUUUUUUCAAAUCGCCAUGUUUUAAUGUCAUGUUUGUUGUAAUUUAUGCGACUUUCUGUUAUUUUUCUAGAGGCUUCUUUCCCUGUCAGAAGUUAUUGAAUCUAGUUGAGUAAGGUUAAAAGACAUUUUGUAUUGUAAAUAAAAGCAGAGUUUAAUUUGGAGGGACUGUAUGUAUAGCAACAUUUUGUAAAGUGAUGUAUGGUUUUGUUUUGCUUUUGUUUCUUUUCAGUUAGUUUUGUCUCCAGAAAGCAGAUCCAUGCAUGAUGUUAUUUAAAAGGAGGCAUGUGAGUCUGAUCUGGUAUGCAAACUGAAAAUUUGUAGAUAACUAAUACCAGUACCGCUGGAGACAUGUCAUUCACUGUGGGUGAGUUUAGCUUUGGAUUCAAUAUGUUGAUGUUGGUUUAAGAGAGUUAUCGGGCCCUACGUUUUCCCUCCUUAUAUAGGUUUAUGUAACCUCCUGUUGCAUAGUUCACAUAAAACUGACUUUUUUAGGAUUCAAAAGGACAAAUUUAGAUUAAAUCAGAAUGGUCAAUAUAAAUAUACUGACACAACCAAAAGUAUCAAAGACAAUCACAUUAAAAAAAAAAAAAAAAAAAAAAUUCUUCAUUUUAAUUUUCCCAUAAAACUUGUCCAGGUUUCAAGUUGUGUGGCCCAAAUUAGGUGGGCGUCAGAAAACACAUUUACAGUCAUUUUUCAAAUUGCUGUAUGACAUUUUGAAUCCCUGUAAACUGUAGAAGAAAGCCCAAAUCUGACCCGUUCGCUUUUUGUCAUAAGCAGUAUUAGUCAAGUCCAACAUUUUCUACUGUAUGUCUGUUUUAAAAUUGGCUGCUGGACUAAUUAAACCUGAAGUUGACUCUUC